AUGCAUGUGUCCAAACCUCGCAAGACCUCAGCCUAUGGAACUGGAGAGGUACCAUGUGAAGAGUGUAGACGCCUCAAGAUCAAGUGUUCUAGGACUGGGCCCCCUUGCGAACAGUGCAUACGAAGAUCUGUUGAAGAUAUUUGCCCAGACGGCAAAUUGGUCACUGGCCGCCAGGGGAGAUACGUACUGACCUCGACGGAGGCUCUUCACAAGGAAAAUAAGGAUCUCAGAUUGCGUAUAAAGGCGCUUGAAGAGGCUUUACAAGCCGAAACUGCCGGAAAUGACGCACCUCAUCCACUUCUCGACCCUCAGCUGCUCACAAUCGCUCGACCAUAUCUCAAAGAUGGUCCAGAAGGUGCAAAUAUUCUGCCCAAAGAUCUAAAAAGCAGAACAGACAGUGAAUCAAUAGUCAAGUUAUUUGGAACGAUGCAUGUCGACGAUGGGAAGGACAAAUACCUUGGGUCAACGGCACUCUCGGAAACUCAUCUUAAUAUACACGACAACGACGACGAUUUCGAGCCCGAAAUCGAAUCACAUGCUCAACUCGCAAUACCUUUCUCUCUUGUUUUUCCGCCCCAGACAUACCUGCAAAUGGCAGUCAAUAAUCUGCCUCCCAAGGUGGAGGCGUGGACACUUGUGGAGACCUACUACCAACAUGCGACCUAUGUAUCACACAUCAUCCCUCGCCACGACUUUGUGCAGAGAAUCUUCACCCCAUGCUAUGGCGGAGAUAUCUCUCUCAUCUCACCAUACCGACUCGCCGCUUUGUUCUCAUUGUUGGCGGUGGGAGCGUUACAUGACUUGACACGACCGAUAUAUUGCCCUGCUUCGAGGGAGUGGAUGGAAAUCGUGCAGUCACUCCUCUUCGGAACGUUUGGGUCAUUUGAAGCCUCCAUAGAAUCGAUCGAGGCUGUCGCACUCGCGUGUGCUAUAUUUCCAUGCCGUCCAGAGCUCGAACUUAGCAAGACCUACUUCCAGCUAGCCUGGUGCAUGAAGAUGGCCCAAAGUGGUUUGCAAUACGGACGUCCCAUGACCAUGAACAGUCGCUUUACAUCGCAAGGGUCAGUUAGUCUGGGGGAUGAUAAUAACGCAAAGUUCAAGCGUCUGAUGGUCCCCCUCAUGGAGGAUAUUGCGGAACUCUUGAUUGCACCCGGGUCUGCGUCAAAUUAUGCAGAGGCUUUGAAGAUUGAUCGACGUAUUCGCGAGGUCAAAGCGUCCGCAACAAGACCUCCAUCAGAAAUAGGAUUCGACACGACAGAGGCAGAUUUGCCUGAAUUUAUGCGACUGGUGUGGUGUUACAGCAAUCUAUUGACACUUCAUCGGCCAUACUUUGCCCUUGCAGUGACGAAAAGUAGUCCGGAAAACCCAUCGGGGGGUAAGCUGGCCCCUUCGAUUGCUGCUUGCUAUGACGCUGCAAGCUCCUUGACGCAUUUGGCCAUGCGCUUUGUAGGGCAGAAUCCUGGCCUACUCGCUAGGAUGGGACCAGUGUGGCCACAUCUGUUCACAUCCAUGGUCGUCUUAUACAGCUUUGGGAUUCACAUGCCGUUCUGGAUGAACACGGCACAGGCCCUCAACACGGCAGAUAUGUGCCUUGUCUUGGUCUACUCUCCUUCUUUGGAAUGUGUGAGGGCCAAAGCGACCAUGCCAUACUUGCUUGGUCUCCAAGAAAAGGCGAGGACAUCCUUCCUGCUAUUCAGUGAUAAUAUGCCGCGAAAUCCUUCGUCAGAGUUUGAUACUCUGAUUCCUGGCCUCGCCACUGGUAUCGCUGUGCGGACUGUCCGAGCUGAGGACAACCCAAGGGAGACACCCAGACCUCUCAAGCCACUAUCAGAGCGUGGUGCUCGUGGAAUAACAAGAAAUCUGGUACGAAACCUCAUGUUCAUGGAGAACAAUCGUGGGCAGGAUUCCCUUUUCGCACCAGAUAUACCAGUAGAGCCAAACCUCAACUCACUACAGUUGCAGCCAAUGGACCCGAUCCUUGGGACGACAAGCACAAUGCCUUUGGACUGGAACUGGAACUGGGAUGCUUCAAUUAGUACAUCCGACUCGACACCCGAAAAAAUAUCACAGCUCGAGCUGGACAACAGCUGGUUAGCGUUUCUUUCGCAGCUUUGA